UACUCCUUUUUUUGGCAACAAAUUUUAUCCUUCUUUGCUUGAGCACUGAGCAGCAGCAACCAAAGCCUACUAUGUAAGGCUGGCUCCACAUGAUUUGGGUUACCAAAUAGAUUUCCAUCCCGCCAGUGCCUGAGAUGUGAGCAGUGGCAGUGAGCAGCGGCACCUCGGCACCGCAGCAGUCCAAAAUCUUUCCCUCCCCUGCGGCAAAUUUCUGGAAAUCUCUUCUUCAAUUUUUGUGAAAGUAAAAUCGAGAUUUCAAACGAUUUUACGAAAAAAAUCGCGCUUUUAGCACCGAAGGUGAAAAGCUCAGCCCUCAUGCCAUCGGCAAAGCUUGGCCUUAUUUCUGUGAGGAGGUAGCCCCACCGAGAGAAAUAGGAGGAGCAUCGCAGAGCUAGAUUAUGGAACAGACUAAUGCAACAGCAUCUCUAAAUGUAAUUAUACCUGAGGUUCUUAAAGAAGAUAAUUAUAAAAGGUGGAGAAUUUUAAUGCGACAUUAUUUUGUGGCUCAAGACCUUUGGGAUGUUGUUCUAUCAAGUCAAAUUCCAUGGAGUGAAGAUCCAAGGGACUGGACUAAAAAGAAUGCCUUAGCUCUGCUUGCAAUUAAGAUGUCAUGUGGAGCAGAAACGUUUGAUCAGAUUGAGAAGAUGGAUUCGGCCAGAGAUGCAUGGAAUGCAUUGGCCGAUUUGCAUAAACCACCAAAUGUAGACGGCCACAGAGGAAGUGAAACUGAUGCUGCAGGUUUGAUUUCCAGCGCCAACAGGAUUCAGCCAGGGAUGUUAUUGGGCAACUAUCAAAGGGCUGAUGAAUUUAUGUUGGUUUGGAUCUAUUCCUUCUUUGUCCGCAAUUGGCAGCUAGCACUAGAGAAUCCAUUACUAUUUCAGAAUUGUCUGAACAUCCUUCUCUAUUCCCUCCCCCUUUUGAGCAACUUUUGGAUAAAUGUUGAUGUUUGUAUUGCUAAAGUGCCAUAUCCCUCUGAGGUUACGGACAGAAGCAGAAAAAAAAUCUUCGGAAGACAUGGUAUACUACAUGUAGCAUGGAUUAAAGUAAUAGGAGCAACAUUACCCAUCAUGUACGUAGGUAGACCUUUGGACUUAUAUAAUCGGAAGUUAACCCAUACGUUUGCCAAUUCGGUUUUGCGAUACUGGUGCAAGGAAAUAUCAACCUACAGGGAUGCCACACAACUUGUUGAAAGUGGAACAAUCUCAGCAAUCUUCCAAGCAAUCAAGGAUGGCACAGUCGAAAUUGUGAUUGAGAUCCUCAAAUCGAACCCAGAUCUAAUUUGGUGCAACAAAAACCUUUCAAGAGAAAUCCUCAUCUCUGCAAUCAAAUAUCGUCAAGGAGGUCUUUUAGGGUUUGUUUUGAGGCUUGAUGCAGGGAAGAAAACAUUUCUCUCUUUAACAGAUGAAGAUGGAAACAACGUGUUGCAUCUAGUAGCCAAUUCCUGGCGGGAACGAUGACGAAACCGGUUUCCCAAUAUUAUUGCACAGAAAACUGUUUUCCCGGUUUCUAAUAUGUGAUGCGGUCUCCCUCUUCACUGCAUCAACUUCAAUGCUGUUUUUUCUGCAUAUACUCGUAAUACGCUCUCGUACAUUGGGUCUUCUGCGGUUUCUGCCCCUUCAUUUGGCGGCUGCUAUUUCCUUCCUCAUAAUUUCGAUAGUGACAAUGAUCCUGGCCUUCAUUUUUGCUCUUAUGCUAAUGUUGCCAAAGAAAUGGGAGGCAAUACCAGCUAUUAUAAUAUACCAAAUUCUAUUUA